CACAAUGGCAGUGUGAUUGCCAUGGAGGAUACGUCACGCCAACAAGCUGCACCGCCUCCACGCUCCAGCGACUCCACCACUGGCCACGAUCUUCUACCAGCGCUGAAUACCCCGGUGGACAUGGGCAGGCCUCGGGGACGCUCGCGAAGCAAGAGACCAGCCCCUGUACGCGGCCGAAGCAGAGAACGCGCCUCGCACCGUCGCGGGUCCAGGAGGAUGCGCUCGGAGCCAAGGCAACGGGCGCCGCACCCAACGUCGACCAACCUGCGUGCACGCUGCAGUUCGACCAGCCCCAAGCAUGGCAACAACAACAAUCGUCACCAGUCACCAAACCCUCCAAAGGAAAACACAGGAGUGCUAGAGCCACUGCAGGUUGAUGCUGGAAGCGUGCAUCAUCGCUUCAUCCCGGGGCGGGUUUACUCCAGGCGCCUCCGCUGCGACAGCAAGCCCCCUGCUGCAGAUGCAAUGCAGCCACCUGAGGACAAGGCUGCGCUUCGCUUCAAGCCCGGCCUUGUGUAUUCUAGGCGCAAGGCACGCGGACCAGGCAACGCCAGGGCACGACGAGGCCACGCACCCUCCAGGUCGGCGGCCACAUCUCCAACUCACAUGGCCGCUGCAGCAGCAAACAUCGACGAGCACGAGGGGGUGCGUGACGCGGAGCAUACGGCGUCUGCAUUCAUCGACAACAUUUCACGCACGCUGCCCCCACCCCUGCUCCAGCCACCCCGACGCAAGAAUGGGCAGUCACAGCGAAGCAAGAGGUGGCCAACCCACCCAACACGGCAGAGCGUCCGCAUUGCAGCCAGGAACUGGCACAAAGGCGACACCCACACUCGAGCCCGCCAAGUCCUCAUGAAGAAGCUCGGCAUCAUGGAGGAAGAGGGCCUCACCCCUGAUGAUCACUUCCUGCGUUACAUCGACCUCUUCAGGGGCCCACUCGAUGGUCAGGCGGUCAUGGCCUUAACGGCCUUGUCUGGCCUCGACACUGUUAUGCCAACGGCCGCUGCCGAGAACUGAUGGCCACCAGCCAUCCUUCAGGGAUUCAGCUCCUGACCAAAUGUUAGUCUUCAAGCAUCUUUAUUUCUGCUGCGUUGUGUUCUUCAUGUACAGGCGCUUCCCUUUGGUUUCCUGGAUGGGUGGGAUGACAGCCAGGGGCCUCGAGUCAUCGCACCAGCCAUCUAGUGAACCAGAACGCCUAUGUGUUUGUCUUCGUCGUCACCCUAGGAUCCUUGCUCUCCUGCAUCUGGUCACCAUACCGGCAGCCUUUGGCCUUCAGUCUAGCCGGCAGGGGGCACCUGAACCAACGUUACAACCUUCUGAAUGUGUGGCUGUUGUGCUGCUGUGUGCUUCGAAUGCUACUGCUCUCUUUAUUCAA